AUGAUUCCACAAGAGCAACAGAUUUUGAAUUAUAUGAUGAAUCCACUAUAUUACGAUCCAUUGGUGCCAUCGAUUGAAUGGGGAAAAGCACUACGGAUCAAUAUUACACUCAACGCGUUGAGGCUUGUUUCACUGGAUCAACAAGAAGAAACAAUCGUUUUUCAAGAUGAAUUCAUUGCGAUGUGGUUCGAUCCAAAUCUCGGGUGGGAUAAGAAAGAUUUCCCCGAUUACCUGGCUGAUUUUGUGAAUGUCCCGUAUAAACAAGUCUGGAUACCGGAUCUUAUUUAUUACAAUACAAUUGAUCAAGAAAAAGUGUUGCUUGAUGAGUGGACAUUUGUCAAUGUGAGAUAUGAUGGAUGGGUGAGAGCCUCAAUGACGGCUACUCGAACGCUUCCAUGUGAACUCCAUCUAGCAGAUUUCCCAUAUGAUCGACAAAAAUGCGUCUUGAUGUUGGGCUCUUGGACUUACGAUGACAAUUUAAUCCAACUCGACCCAACUGCCACUGAAUUUGAGGCGGAUUUAGGUGUACUAGCUGGAGAGAAUUCUGGUGUAAUCUCUUAUUUCGGGAAUUCCGAAUGGCAACUAAUCAAAAUCGAUGCAUAUGAGAAACGGGAGAUUUACAAUCAACCAGCCGGUGACUGGAACUAUUCCCUCAUCUAUUUCAACCUUCACCUUGAGCGCAAACCCGUUUAUUAUGUGAUGAUCAUUCAGAUCCCAACGCUGAUCGUCGGUGUGUUGACGAUUCUCGGCAUGUUCACCCCAUUCAGUCAACGAAUGGAAAGAUGGCAACGAGUCGAACUCGGAUUGAACAUGUUAUUGGCGAUCUCAAUGCUCUUGAAUUUGCUCUCGUCAAUGAUGCCGAAAGUUGAACGAUUGCCAUUGUUGGGAAACUAUAUUGUUGCUGAGAUUUUCAUUUGCUCCAUUGGCACAGUCGUUUCAAUUACGUUGCUGGAGAUUCACGCACGAGCAGAUCAAAGAAAUUGGAGACCACCAGACUUG